GCGCGCGCUUCUCCGCUGACUCGCGAGCGCUCGGUGGAGUGUCACACACGUUCACGCGCUACCGGAGUCGGCUUCCGUCUUAUGUAUGAGGAAAGAAAAGGCUGAGCUCACAGGACUGGAUUAAUGUUUUAAUAUUAUUCUGCUGUUUGGUUAUUAGACUUCAUCAACUUCAUGUCGCGCGGAUCUUCAGCAAGUUUCAGGAUACAACAUGGUACUUGCAAUAGAUAAACAGGAUGGAUGGAUGGAGCAGAGACCCUGAAUAAGAACACCCAGACUAUAUAGGUUGCCUCUGUUAAAGGAAUUAGCGGCUAACGUGAUGCUUGGAAAGCGAAGAGAUGCGGCAUGUUGUGGAGAAACGAGAUUACGCUCAUCUGAAGUGAGACUAUAACUCGUCAGGGUUGGACAGCAGCCAUGGGGAAAGAGCAGGACCUCCUGCUGGCUGUGAAGAACGGAGAUCUUAGCGCUGCUCAUAAACUCCUCGCCAAGAUUAAGGCUAACCGAAAUAAGUUACUCAGCUCAACAAAGAAACUGAACAUCAACUACCAGGACACAGAUGGGUUUUCAGCUCUUCACCAUGCGGCUCUCACAGGCACCACCGACCUGCUGUCUCUGCUUCUGGACGCCCAGGCUACAGUGGACAUCAAGGACCGCAACGGAAUGCGACCGCUCCACUACGCUGCCUGGCAGGGAAAGGCAGACUCGGUACUGAUGCUGCUGAGAGCUGGAGCUUCGGUUAACGGAGCAUCACAGGACGGACAAAUCCCUCUGCACCUGGCUGCUCAGUACGGACACUACGAUGUGUCUGAGAUGCUUCUCCAGCACCAGUCCAACGCCUGUACGGUCAACAAGGCCAAGAAGACCCCACUGGACCUGGCCUGUGAGUUCGGCAGGCUGAAGGUGGUGCAGCUGCUGUUGAGCAGUAACAUGGUGGUGGCUCUAUUGGAGGGUAAUGGGAGAGACAACACACCCCUGCACCUCGCCGCCCGCAACGGCCACAAGGACAUCAUCAGAUUGCUCCUGAAAGCGGGAAUCGAUAUCAACAGAACCAUCAAAGCUGGAACGGCACUUCACGAGGCAGCGCUCUACGGCAAAACCGAUGUCGUCAAGCUGCUAUUGGAUGCUGGGAUUGAUGUGAACAUCCGGAACACAUAUAACCAAACGGCUCUGGACAUCGUGAACCAGUUCACCACGUCCCACGCCAGCAAAGACAUCAAACAACUGCUCCGAGAAGCCUCGGGAGCAAUGCAGGUGAGAGCGCUAAAGGACUACUGGAACCUUCACGACCCUACAGCUCUGAACAUACGUGCCGGAGACGUCAUCAUGGUUUUGGAGCAGCACGUAGAUGGACGUUGGAAAGGACACAUCCAUGACAGUCAGAGAGGCAUCGACCGCGUGGGAUACUUCCCUCCGUCCAUCGUGGAGGUCAUAACGCGGAGAUCUGGGGGCUUCCUCUCUCGCCAGGCCUCCCUGCCCAACCAACGACAUCACACUCUAACCAGAGCUCCGGCCCCCUGCAGCCCUCACCCCGCCCCCCACACUGAUGACUCGUACACCCUGUAUUCACCCACUCAUCCUGACUCACCACGCCCAAACGGCUUGAACCAGCACCCAGGUUCUCCUCCUGACAGUCCCAGUGCCUUGUGUAUUCCAGCUAGUACCAAAGAGCCAGAGGAUAUUUGGGUCCUCAGGAGCUCUUUCACUGGAGACAGGAACAGUGUUGGGAGCGCAGGCAGUGUAGGGAGCAGUCGUAGCGCUGGCAGUGGACAGAGCACCGAGGGCAACUUUACCCACAAUGCCCAGCAUCAGACCAGCACCACCGCACAGGACGUCAACAAGGUCUCGCCCUCUGGUGGUGAAGUGGUAGAACAGCAUGGCCUGGGUUCUGAUGUCAUUAACGCUGAGCCUGCAGGUCGCAGGCCGGAUCAGAACAGCUCCAGAGCCGGUGAACAAGCUGUCAGGCCACAUGUUAUCCGUCCAGAACAGUUACUGGAGGGCAGGGAUGCCGAGGCCAUCUUCCAUUGGCUGCGUGAGUUUCAUCUGGAGCAGUACACUACAAACUUCCUCACAGCUGGCUACGAUGUGCCAACCAUUAGCAGAAUGACUCCUGAGGAUCUUACGGCCAUUGGUGUGACUAAACCAGGUCAUCGCAAGAAGAUCUCCACUGAGAUCAGCAAACUGAACAUCCCAGAGUGGCUACCAGACUACAUUCCAGCCGACAUUGGUGAAUGGCUCGGUAUCAUUGGACUCGCGCAGUACCAGAAAAGGCUAGCCGAGAAUGGCUAUGACUCCAUUAACAUUGUGCGAGACAUUACAUGGGAAGAUCUGCAGGAAAUUGGCAUCAAUAAGCUGGGCCACCAGAAAAAGAUGAUGCUUGCAGUCAAGAAACUUUGUGAUGUGCAAAAGGCUUUGAGGAACCAAGCAGAGGGCAGUGGGACGCUGCAGAGGAGACACCCUCACACCCUGGAGCUGGUAGCUAUCGAGUCGGCCGACGGUGCCGAUGGCCCUUCCUCACCCCUCUCACCCAAGAUGCUCACCUUCCAGGAUAGUGAGCUAAGCACUGAGCUACAGAAUGCUAUGAUUCAGAGUGGCUAUGGUGGCUGCCAGGAAGGGUUUGGUGCUGUGCUAAGUGGAACAAUGACCGUGUCUCUGAGUCAAGAGAGUAUCAGCACACGCUCACGGGGCACUGGGCACUCACAAGAAUGGCCUUUGAAUUCUGUAACUCCCCACAGCCACUCAAAUGAGAGUUUGGGCAGCUCAGACUGCAGUGCCCUCAAAGAUUGCCCAGUUCUGCCUGCCAAGAUGGCACCACCAUUACCUUUAAAGAAGCAGCAGUCUACACAUGGAAGCCCACCGAUAACACCAAGCAAGACGGCUCGAUUAGCCUACCCUGCGGCCCACUCCAACCCUGGAAUCUCCGCAAAACCAGAUGGUUCCUCCAUCCAGAGAGGAUUUAGCUACCUCCAAAACAUCAAUUCAGAUCAGACUUGCACUGCUCAAUCCAGACCCAGUGGUGAGAACCGCCAGCCAAAGAAGCGCACACAAAGCCUGUCACGGUAUGCCCUCUCUGAUGGGGAAGGAGAAGAAACUGAAACACCAGUAUUACCACCCAACCUGGUCUCGUAUGCUACACUCACACGCAAGCCUGGUCAUGGUCAAACAACUUCCGCUGCCAAUGACAGGCAAGUGGGCCGGACUCAAUCCUUUGUAAUACGUGCCAAGAGGAAGGGGCCACCCCCACCUCCCCCCAAGCGGCUGAGUUCUGCCUCGAGUGCAGGAAAUAGUGGUGGGGUGGAAAUCGAGAGUGCUGGGAGUGUUCGAAUCAUUGCUGCCAGGCUGGAAAAGAGUGGAGAUAGCCCCACUAAGACCCCCAGCAGCCCCUCAUUCAAACCUCCCUCACCUGCCACCCAAUCCAAACCUAUAAGCAUUCAGAGAGAGAAAACCAGUGAGGUCUCUCUGUGUCAAACUGGUCAUGCAGAGCUCAGUGGAGUAAAACCCGAGGAGCAAGACAUGAAGCUUCAGUCAAGCCAAGAACAUACUCCUUUCAUGUCCCUUCAGGGAACUUUGUGUGAAAGCAUUCCAUUUGCUCAAGAGGGCAAAGGGACCAUAAAGCAGCGGCCAAGAAUGGAAGUGGCUAAAAUGGACACUGAAGUCAGCUUCCAACCCCUGAAACCUGCUCAGUUGCAUAAAUCAUCCUUAAGAUUACCAGAGUUCAAUCUGAAGGAGUCAGACACUGUCAAGAGGAGGCAUAAACCCAGAGAAAAGGAACUGCAGAUCACCAGUCAGGACCCAGUCCCAGGAUGGGAGGGUUCCUCAGCGACUGAGAAGAUCUCAUUCUGCAUGCCAAAUGGUGGACCAAUAGGGAACCUCUCUCCACAGAAACCUCCAACACCCUGUAAACCAACAAGGCAUUAUGUUGCAGCCCCAUUGGUAGUAGAGGGAACUCCUCAUAUUCUGGCAACCAGGAUGGGGCAGGACAUUGCCUUCACUGUCUCCUCUCCAAUAAGAAGAGAGUGUCUAACCAUCAGUGGACCCCAGGACCAAAAACAAGAUGAGAUUGUCCACAAACGAAUCGAGCAGACCAGCACUUCCCUGGUGGCAGCCCUUGAAGUGGUGGAGAGAAAUUUAGCUCAGACGGAUCAGACUGACAGUGGUGUUUACACUGUGAGAUCAGCAGGUAACAUUCUGGAUGACAUCGGGAACAUGUUUGAUGAUCUUGCUGACCAGCUGGAUGCCAUGUUGGAUUGACCCCAUUCUUUCACGUUGUACUGUUUGCGUAUCAUCUCCGGGGUGGACAGAGAGUCUUUUUGGCACGCUGUAAGAGUGUCCGAUCUUUCUAAAACCUUCAGGUCCGUUGAAUUACUGCUUCUGAGUGGGGCUUUCCUUCUGGAUGGUCAAAGAUCACUGGAUUCAAGAUGCCAUGUAGCUAUAGAUUGUGGACUCGCAAUCGGAGAAGUAAGAAUGAAACGAGACACCCAUCACAGGUUGGCUCACUCAGACCGGGUGUGGUCGAUUUGCUCCUGCCUGGACUUUAUAGCACUUACUGUUUACUGUGUUCCAGAUUUGUGAGGAGAAAGAUUUUAAUUUCCUGUUCCACACAGGGGAAAAAGCUAGUGUCUCAUUUCUGCUUUAUUCAGGCCCUAAAGUGCACAUCACAUCAUUUGUUAUACUACUGUAUAACAGCAUGAUAUCUACUACUUUUUAUGUGUGUUUAAAGUUUGUCUUCUCAUCUCGGAGAGUCUUCUCUUAUGAAAGUACUAUAUUUUCCAGACAGUAAUUCGCUACAGAAUAUUACAUAGCAGUGUUUUAAUGUGAAAACCUUCUAAUUUACUCCUAAUUAACUAAGUAGCUUUUGUGUGUCUGAUCACUGCUGUUAUGAUGAUACUAAUUUUCUCUAACACUGCUAUGGGAUUUGCACUGUUAUGUCGGUGGCAAACUAAAAGCACUUCUGAUAACCAUCCAUAACUACUGUACAAACACUAACAAAUGGUUAAACUCCCGUAAUUGCUUAAAAACAUGCCUGCCAUGAAUACAGUACAAAUCGUCACACUUCUGUCACUGCUGGAGUAGCAUGCCCAUUGUGAAAACACUAGGAAAUGGCCAAACUACCAUAAUUUACGUUUAUAUUUACUACAAAAACCACAUGGAAUGAGCAACAUUCCUACAGUUAAUUACAGUAAUCACUAUAUUAGCGUACUAUUGGGAAAUAAAAACCAAAACAAAACAAAAAAAGCCAAACUACUAUAAGUGCUGGAGUAUUUUGCCUACCAUAAAACCAUCAAUAGCUUUUGGCCAAACUAUUACAACAUCUAGAGCAGCAUGUCUAGGGUAAAAACACUAACAAAUGGUAAAUGUGUUUUAACUAAUGGAGUAGCAUAUCCUACCAUUAAAAAUACAAAGUAAAAUGAGAAACCAUCAUUUCUAUAGUAGUGUGUCUACUGCAUGGGCAAACAACCUUAACUGCGACCAUCAGAAUAAUACCAAAUGCCUGAACUACUGCCAUCAUAGUACAUCUAUCAUAAAAACACCAGCAAACGGCCAAACUACUAUAAUUGCUAGCUAAUCAUGGCUACCGUAAAAACACUACAACAUGGGUAAACAAUUGUAAAUGCUAAAAGAGAACACAUACCAUAAGUACACUAAAAAUGGCUGUAACUGCUGUCGUAGUGCAUCUAUGAUAUAAAGACACUUUAAACUACUACCAUAAUUGUUGGGGUGAAAAAAAAAAAACACUAAAUAUGGAAAAACUACCGUAAUUGCUCUGACAAUAAGGCAUAUGAGUGUAAUUUAAGUAAAAUAAAUUUAGUAGCCUGCCUUAAAAACCCAUGCCUGUUAAGAUUUUUUUAAAAAUUAUACGUCAAUUUGUUGUACACGUUUGACGGAAAUAAACUCUUUGAUUCUUUAAAAGAUAUUAAGUACCAAAGCCCAGGAUCUGGUAAAAUGUGAGUAAUGAUCUGUAAGUGCUGAGAUUUCUAAUAGCACAUAAUCUCUAAGGACCAAAUUUGUCAGAUACUGACUGCAGAAUUAGGACCAAUGCGUUAUUUGUACAACUAUUGGUAACACUUAGUAUGAACCCUGCAUUCAAAUGCAUUUAUAGUACGUUAUCUAGCAUACAUGAUACCUAUGCCAACAAUUGAUUGGUUGAUUAUUAAUUAACAAUAGCAUGCUUUAAAAAAAAAAAAAAAAAAAAAAAAAAGAUUAUUAAUUAAAGAACGAGGCGUCGUAGCUAUCAGUUUCUAGUUACUUUUAAUGUUGUGGGACAUACACAAAGCAAGUUAGUAUCACUUACUGUACAUUAUAGUAGUUAUAAACAUUCAUUCCCCUCAAAGCAGCCUCACUUUUUCACUCUCUUGGAGUUAAUAAAAUGCAAACUGGGAAAAAAAAAAAACGGAAAGCACAACGUCCUCCGUCCCGAAGACUUUCCAGUGGCGGGAAACUUGCCGACUGUUACAAAUCGCUGACACUGGAGACUCCUUCCAUAAAUAUUUCAGAAAACAUCUCCUAACAGAAACUUCACCACAUCAACAGUUGUAUAUUUUUUCUUUGUUGAGUAUAGUGUUUUUUUUUUUUUUUUUAAUUCCUUUUAUUAUUAGCCUUAGAUUAUGUUGAGCGUCUGAGCUACACGGUCCUGUGAAUGAGUUGUUAUGUUGAGUUAUGUUGGGCAUUGUAAGGUAUUAUGUAUGCGAUGUGACAAAUAACAUUUCAUAAAUGUGUUUAUAAUGCAUAAGGAAUACAUGAUUCAUCACAAGUGUUACCCAACUAUCUAUAUCGAAAAUGAUUGUAAAUAAAAACAAGCACCAAACAGCACAUUCAUCUGACCCACAGAUUCCCAGUAUGAAUUGUUAUAAAUUGUUAUAAAUAGUGUUAAUAAUGAAUAGUCAUAGUUUUUUAUAGCGAGAGACAGUAUUGGUAGCACUGACUGCAUGUAUAGUGUUUCUGUUUGCAUCCUUCACUCGCAAUGCUGAUUUAAAAAAGUUUGUAGUUUGCGAGAUCUUCAAUUCCUAUAGGGCCACAUUCAGAGUUGAGUUAAGCAUGGAUUUAGUAUUUACUAUAUUAGAGAAUCAUAUGAUGUGCCGGAUCAAGUGCUGUUUUAUAAGCUGCUGAAUAAUGAGGGUGAAAGCCAUGUUGUUCGAUUAGACCCAAUUUACAGUGAUUAAUGUGAACUAGGCCUAUUCGUGCAGUAAUGUGUUAGGGAUAUCCACUUCGCACUGGAUUAUCCCGCUCAUAUAUAUAUAUAUAUAUAUAACAUGUGUAUAUAUAUAUAUAUAUAUAUAUAUAUAUAUAUAUAUAUAUAUAUAUAUAUAUAUAUAUAUAUAUAUAUAUAUAUUUCACUUGCCAGCAUUGACAAGUUAAAGCCAUCAUUGAUGUUUGCAGUGCAAAAUCUGACUGAAAGGAUAAAAAUAACGGUUAAUUUUCGUUAGUUGUAUUCUAUCCGGGUCGUUAGAUCUAGAGUUGUAUGUUACUAUGGUUAGAGUUGUUAAUUUACAACGGUGAUUAAACUGACUGGAACUACCUGUGCAAAUUCAACAGUUUGAACACACACCUUCCAGCCAUUCAGAAUCGAGUGUUCAGACAGACCGUGGUAUAAAUGAGUGAUAUACUAGACGUACUAGAUGUUUAUUGUAUUAUUAUACGCAUGCCAUCUGCUUUUUUAUGUAUCGUCAUAUUAGUCCUUUUUUCUUUCUUUUUUUUUUCAUUGAUAAAUUCUCUUACUUUGCUUUGAAAAAAAGAAUAAUUAUGUCCUUCUUCAGUCAGCAUUUUCUAGUCCUGAAUUUUUUAUUUUUUUUUUGAUGAGACUUAAAGGAAGAGCUUAUGUUUAAAUACUCUGAUGUAGAUGCUAUAGAAUAACCCUGCCAUGGAUAUUUAAGUAAAAUCUGCCAAUCUCAGAGGCGCCACUUACCCACAGGUGGUUUCCAUAAACGGGGAGCUUAACUUAAUCAUGUGCUUAACCCGACUCUGAAUACCAGGAAUGUUCCCUGUGUAAAUAUUAACAUAACUUUUUCAACUCAAGUCACCGACUCUGAAUACGGCCCACAAUUAUAAACUGUAAGCAUAAGCACAGAACCACUUUGGUAAGAACAAUGUACUAAACACAGUUUAACCAAAAGGAUGUAAUACAUUCAGUUGCUUUCCUGCUGAAUUUCAACACUCUAAAAGUAAUAGUCAGUCAUAUAGGCUUAUAAAUUUUAUUUUGCUACUCUUGUUGUCUUUGCACUGUGUAUCUACUGUAUGCACUAUACUGUAUUUAUUUUUAGAUUAUUGUAUACAAUGCAUGUACAGUACAAGCUAGCUUACCAAUACCUGACUGAAAAAAAAGAAAAGAUUUUUGUUAUAUUUGUGUAAUGUUUUGAUAUAUUUUACUCAGUCCAUCAGAUCUGACUGCAAGAGGAAUAAAGCUUCCUAAACGUGCAUGUUUUUAUGUAUGAGAAUGUCAGUGGCUACGGAUUUUAUAUAUCAUUUACAUUUUUGAUCAGAUUUACAAAAGCACUCACUCAGCCACUUGAUGUUUUAGCAUAUGGCUUGUGUAUAAAUGCUGUAUGCUACUCUGUGAAUGCUCUGUCAGGCAACUUCAAAAUUAUCGGCACCCAUCGGGUCUUAUGAGGAUGAUUUUUUUUGUUCUACUUUCUGAAAUGAUUUGAGUGGAAACAUAGGCAAGGUUUGGGUAUUUGGUUGAAUUACUUUCGCCUGUUCUCUUAAAGGGUGCCAAUAAUUCUAGAGCUGGCUGUGAAUCCUGUAGCUGCUGGCAUGGUCGUGUCAGUGCUAAGGCAAACACAGAAUUAGAAAUGUGUGUGCUUGUGUAUCAAUGUGAGACCAUAAAACUGACCACUGUUUUGAAAAGGAAAGCAGCUCAAACACUAUUUAAUAAUAAUAAUAAAACUACAUUAAAAUAAUCAUGACAAAAUAUGUUGUUUUUGUAAUAGAAUUAAUUUCUAAAUAAAGCAUGGCCUGCUAAACUCACA